CGCAUAUCCACCACCCCCACACACACUGCGCCAUGGACGCCGAACACGAAGUCGACCAACUCGCCGCCGAAGCUGAGGCAAUCGAGAGCAAUGAAGGCCAAGAAGUGGACCAAGAAAUCGAAGACAUGAAGCGACGUGUGCUGGAAAUGGAAGAGGAGGCACAGAAACUCAACCAAAUGCACAGCCACGUCCAGUCGCAAAUUCCAAAGGAACACCAACCCCCUGCAGCGCCGACCGCGGCGCAGCAAGCGGUGAUUGACGAGAACUCCAUCUACAUUGGACAAGUCGACUACGAAUCUACACCGGAAGAACUGCAAGCACUAUUCCAAAGCUGCGGGACAAUCAACCGCGUGACUAUCCUGUGCGACAAAUUCACGGGGAUGCCCAAGGGAUAUGCGUACAUUGAGUUUGCAAACCACGAUGCCGUCGAAAGCGCUUUGCUUCUCAAUGAUACGACGUUCCGCGGGCGACAGCUCAAAGUGACUCCCAAACGUGUCAACGAACGUGGCUACAACUACGGAGGACGUGGCGGCCGCGGUGGUCGCGGCGGUUUCCGCGGUGGACGAGGUGGCGGACGAGGAGGGUACGCUCCUCGGGGUCGAGGCGGUCGUGGUCGCGGGGGCCGCGGGGGUCGCGGCAUGGGUGGAUCUGGUUACCACCCUUACGGCUAUUAAGCCGGAAUGUGCAUUCGCACGGCCCAUCACUCCAUGCGGGACACCUUCCUCGCUGCAUCCAGCGGCGUUGACAUGCGCGCAAAAAAGAAAAAGAAUGUAAAAGAAAAGAAAAAAGAAACUACGACGUGCGAGGGUGUCGUCCUGUCAACGCCAAAAAAGAGAGCAAAAAAAAGAUCGUAGGAUUCGAACUACUUCUUGGGGCGUUUGCCCGAUGCCGCGCCGCCGCUGCCUGGGGCCGCCGCCGACACCAAGACCUUGCGUUUGAGUGCCGACCCGCCCUUUUGCUACACAAUGUAUCAGCGAAUUCAAUCUCUCUCCACCCAACGUUGUCAUCUGCCUCGUAACGUACCGAAAUUUUGGACGAGUGGCCGGGAGCAGCCGACAAUGGCGUUGCGAGUGUACUUGCGGCAGAGGAGGGAGCACCUGCAGUUCCUGCGGCGGCAUCUGCCGCGACAAACGUGUCCGGAAUGUGGACGGUGGCGCGCGGAACAUGCGGAACUCCUGUCCGGCCAUUGAACGAUAAGAAAUGGUUGAGCUGUGUGCAAGGGACUUGCCUGUGAGGGCCGUGAGUUUGUC